AUGGAUUAAAUAAAUUCUUGGAGUAAUUGCACACUUUCAAUUGGAGAAGAAGUCUAACAAAAAGAGAAGAUUGAAUUGCAUGAUGCAAUCAACAAUUAUCAAAAGUUAGAAGUGAAAGGCAAGGGAAGCUAUGGAGCAGCUUAUUUGGCCAUAUAAUUGAAUACGAAACUAUAAUGCAUCAUCAAGGUUAUUGAUAUCUCAAAUAUGAAUAAUAAAUAAAAGGAAAAUGCUAUAUGCGAGGCCAAGAUUAUGAAAGAUCUAAAGCAUCCUAGCGUUAUUAAAUAUUAUGAGUCAUUUUUUGAAAAUGUUACAAAUUUAUGCAUAGUUAUGGAAUAUGCUGAAAAGGGCAAUUUGGAAUAAAUGUUGCUAGAAUAUAAACAGAAUAAUGAAUAUUUAAAUGAAACUGUAAUAAUUGAUUGGUUUACUCAAUUGUGUUUGGCUGUUAAAUACUUGCAUGAUCAAAAUAUUAUUCACAGGGAUAUUAAAACAUAAAAUAUUUUCAUAACCAAGGAUAACUUUAUUAAAUUGGGCGAUUUUGGAAUUGCUAAGGAAAUGGAAUGCAAAGAAUAGUUAUGUAAAACUUCAAUUGGAACUCCAUAUUACAUAAGUCCAGAGGCCUUUCAAUCUAAACCUUAUUCUCAAAAAUCUGAUAUGUGGAGUUUAGGGUGUGUUUUGUAUGAAAUGAUAUCACUCAGACAUGCAUUUGAUGCUAAAACCAUUGAAGGUUUAGGCAUUAAGAUUCUAAGGGGAUAAUAUCCGCCCAUUCCCAAGCACUAUUCAGAUGAACUCAAAAAUUUAGUUACUAAAUUAUUAGUAGUAGAUCCAAAUAAAAGAUUCAAUAUUAAUGACUUGUUAAAAUAGGAAAUCCUACUUAUUGGUGCUAAAAAAUAUUUGGAAAAAUAUACUUUACACUUAUAAAAAGCAAAAAUUAAUACACCAAAUAACUUCAAUGCUUGUAAACUUGAGGAACUGAGAAUGAGUCUAGAGAGCCAGUUAGGAUUAAAAAAGUUGUAGGAUUACAUUUAAUAAAUUGAAAGUGACACUUUAGACUUUAAUAAUGAUUUAAGUGAAAAGACUAUAAGAGAUAUUGAGUUGCUCAUACAACUAGAAAAAUAAAUAUUUUGA